AUUUAUUCACCGAGGGUCAAGUAAAUAUUUGUGGUUAUGGAUUAACCUGACUUCCGGGCUGUCAUGGUGGCAAGAAGGAGACCUUGCAGUUUCUCCACAGCCCCCACACCUACAGGUGUUAGCAGCUCCAGGAUGUGGCAGCUCGCCAGCCUCCUGCUGUUCGUGACCACACGGGGAACUUCAGGCACACCAACCCCUCCUGACUCAGUGUUCUCCGGCCCCGAGCAUGCCCACCAGGUGCUGCGGAUCCACAAACGCGCCAACGGCUUCCUGGAGGAGAUGUGGCCUGGCAACAUGGAGCGGGAGUGCAUAGAGGAGGUCUGCGACUUUGAAGAGGCCCAGGAGAUCUUCCAAGAUGUGGAUGCCACACUGGCCUUCUGGACCAAGUACUACGACGGUGACCAGUGCGGUGCCCCGCCCGCGGACCACCCGUGCGACAGCCCGUGCUGCGGGCACGGCGCGUGCCUGGACGGCUUGGGCGGCUUCAGCUGCCAGUGCGCCGAGGGCUGGGAGGGCCGGUUCUGCCAGCGCGGUGAGCGGCGGCGCGGCGCGGGGCGGCGGGCGCGCGGGCGGGGCGGGGCGGGGCGGGGCCCACGGCCACCGCCCGCUGGCCGUGUGCCGCCGUCCUGCCGCGCAGAGCUGAGCUUCCGCGACUGCCGCGUGCGGAACGGCGGCUGCGCGCACUACUGCCGCGAGGAGGACGGCGAGCGCCACUGCAGCUGCGCCCCGGGCUACGAGCUGGAGGAGGACCACGUGCAGUGCCGGUCCACGGGGCAUUUUCCGUGUGGAAAGCGAGUGGAGAAGAAGCGCAAGAAUUUCAAGCGGGACACGGACCUGGAAGACGAGGUAGAUCCGAGGAUCAUCAACGGAACGAUAACCAGACAGGGAGACAGCCCCUGGCAGGCAAUCCUGUUGGACUCGAAGAAGAAGCUGGCCUGUGGCGGCGUGCUCAUCCACACCUCCUGGGUGCUGACAGCGGCUCACUGCCUGGAGAAUCCCGCGAAGCUCACCGUGAGGCUGGGCGAGUAUGACCUGCGUCGCAGGGACAAGUGGGAGCUGGACCUGGACAUCAAGAAGAUCUUCAUCCACCCCAACUACAGCCGGAGCAGCAGCGACAAUGACAUCGCGCUGCUCCGCCUGGCCCAACCCGCCACCCUCUCCCAGACCAUCGUGCCCAUCUGCCUGCCCGACAGCGGCCUGGCCGAGCGGGAGCUCAUGCGGGUCGGCCAGGAGACGGUGGUGACAGGCUGGGGCUUUCACAGCGGCAAACAGAAGGAUGUCAAGAGAAACCGCACCUUCAUCCUCACCUUCAUCCAGAUCCCCGUGGCCCCCCGCAACGAGUGCAUCCAGGCCAUGAAAAGCGUCGUCACGGAGAACAUGCUGUGCGCAGGCAUCCUGGGGGACCGGCGGGAUGCCUGCGAGGGUGACAGCGGGGGACCUAUGGUCGCCUUCUUCGGAGACACCUGGUUCCUGGUGGGGCUGGUGAGCUGGGGCGAGGGCUGCGGGCUGCUCAACAACUUCGGUGUCUACACCAAAGUCAGCAACUACCUCGACUGGAUCCACAGCCACAUCUGGGGCAAGCAUGCCUCUCCCAAGAUCCAAGGCUAGCUGCCCCUCUCCUGGGUUAUCUCUGACCCCUUCUAGGGGGCUGGGCGAUUGAAUGUCAACAGAGGGGACAAUAAAGGGACGCGCAACAAUCA